AUGAAGCACGAAAGCGGUAUUGAGGUUUACCUCAUACCUGCCGACGGCGACGGAGACUCGCUGAAGUAUCCUGAACUUCAUCACAAGCAGAAGCUGGAGUGGUUCAAGAAGAUGCUCGGCACCAAGGAGACUGAAGAUGAAUAUCAUGCUCGACACAACUGCUGCUUCAUCCGUCGUCAUGAAAACCAGCGAUUCAAGAUCGUCGUCCGCUUCAACGAAGGUUUCGAGAUGUAUUCAAGUUCUGCGAUCUUGAUUGGAGUCGGAAUUGGAUACGAAGCAACGUAUGGACCCCCUGGACCCAUUGUGAGGUACUGCAGGAAGUCCGUUCGCCGUUCGGCAAGAAGGGAGCGGGAAGAACAACGCGAACGAGACUUCGAAUUCGAGUACCACACCAUACAAAAGUCGUUUGCGGUCGGCCAGCAAAUUGUGCUUGAAGGUCCUAAUGGGAAAGGCUAUGAGGUUCCAGAAUAUAUCGAAAGUGACGAGUCCCCAUACUAUCGAAUCGAAAAGAGGCCAUACGAGAAUUACGUCAACCCGGGCACAUUGACAGUGGCAGUGCAGAGAGGUGGCCACGAUUGGCUUGAUGAGGAAGGGGUCUCGCGAAGAGAGCAAAGUAAGAUUGGGCCGAACGGACCACUGAAAGAGCGGCCGCGGGAUGAAGAUUCUUUCCUGCACGUCUACGGCAAGAAUGGUCGCAAAGUGCGAUGGGAGUUCCGAGUGAGAUCAUUAGAACGAAUGCUGGAGAUAGAAAAGCGCAAUCGCGUUUCAGCUGGUCAAGGACCUAUGAGCCAGGAGGAAGGAAACGAUCCACUCAGAUAUACCUUGAUCCGAGAUGAAGACUUCCAGUUGAAGGGCAAACAAGGCGAGGACUAUCGACUCCAGCUCCAGGAAGAGUACCUGAGGAAAGGCGAACGCGACAAACAGGCUGCAGCCAGACCACGCCGAGAACGAAAGAAACCAAAAGUCUGCAACUGUCCUGAGGAGCAUGGCGGCGAGACUUGCAAAAAGAGGAAACUUCGCGAUGGUGCUACGCAGGAUGGCAGCGAGGAGCAAAGCAUGCCCCGAGCUAAGAAGCCAAAGGCACCGUGUGCAUCUAAUCGGCCUGCUGAGCAGGCUGCCGGGUCCUCAAUUGCCCCAGACGAGUCAGACAUGCCCGCUCCCGGCGAAAAAGAAGCACUCACGGCUCCAAGAGAAUGCAAAAAGUGCCGAAAGUACAAGAAGGCACCAAAGGGCAAGAAGUGGUUCUUUGUGCAGGACACUGGACGCUGGAUGCUUGCGCCAAUUGACGCCCGCGAUUCCUUCCAGGCUUGGGCAGAUGGGGAAGAAGCUGACGACGAGACCGUGCAACGAGCCGCCGGCGCAGGACCAAGUCAGGCGCCUGAAGUUGCCGCACCUCAGCAGCCGAUCAUCCGACCGGACAAAGAUGAUGAAGAGAUCGUGGGCAUCGAGGCAAAGCCAGCGGAAUCAGAGACUCCGAUUGAUGAGGCCGACAAAGAGACAAUGCAGCAAGUCACCGGCGCAGAACAGCACCUGGAGCCCACAAGGCCCGCGGCUCAGCAACCACUUUUUCAGCAGUAUGAGAACGGCCAGGAGAUCGCGAACAUCAACGAGACCCGUGAGACGCAAGGCGCCCCGAACACGAAUGCGGUCGAAUUGCCUGGAGCCUCACCCUCGAACGAACCUGUUCAUGCUGCUCUCGAUAAAGAGCACGAGGUUGACCAAGUCGACACUGGAACGAUGCAGGACAUAGUCCCGACCGCAGAAGUUCCGUCUACGGGCAUUCCUCCUGGCGCGGAGCCUACGAGUACCGAGAAGAACAAGGCUGACAGAAUUUGGACCCCGCUCAAUUUCACAUUGCACCUCUAUGAUGGCAACAGUGCAGCUAAGACCAACAGCCAGGGCAACGCAAAGGGAUCUGGGAGGAUCGGGAGAAGUUUUUCCGGCUUUUCUGCAACUCCUGUUCAGCGUCCUCCUUCCGCUAUGCAAAAAUUUAUUGAGCGAAGCAUAUGGGACUCGCCAUCGCCGGGUUUUUUGGAUUUCAGUAGCCCUCCAUUCGGAAAAGACAUGACGCCUGUACGCGACGAUGGCGCAGGAAAUCCUCAGGAUGAUGAUUCGGGCUUUGGCACUCCUUUUCCUGACGAAUCCGGAUCCUCCUUCAAGCCAAGACGCAGACGUAGCAUUCCGUCACGGUCACGAAUAUUCCCGAACCGCUCGAGGCCGCGCGAUCAGUCUCACACCGCGAUUGACUUGACUGUGGACACGGCAAGCGAGAUCAGAACCUUCAAGAAGGAGCACUCUGAGCAGGUCGAAUCGAAGUAUCAGCAGACCCGUUUUGUCCAGGAGGACAGUGAAGAUGAGUUCGAAGCCGAGUUGCGCGAUAUUGAGCUUCGCCGGGAAGAAAUCCAGCUAGAGAGAAGACAAGCGGAGCUCAAGCGUAAGCUGAAGCAGAAGGCGGCAGCGAAGCGGCAGUCCAAGGUCAAGCAGGAGAUCAUUGAGAUCGACUAG